AUGCUCACUCUCACACAGGAAGGGCAUCAUGCUCACUCUCACACAGGAAGGGCAUCAGGCUCACUCUCACACAGGAAAGGCAUCAGGUUCACUCACACAGGAAGGGCAUCAUGCUCACUCCCACAGAGGAAGGGCAUCAUGCUCACUCUCACACAGGAAGGGCAUCAGGCUCACUCUCACACAGGAAGGGUAUCAGACUCACUCUCACACAGGAAGGGCAUCAUGCUCACUCCCACACAGGAAAGGCAUCAGGUUCACUCACACAGGAAGGGCAUCAGGCUCACUCUCACAGAGGAAGGGCAUCAGGCUCACUCUCACACAGGAAGGGCAUCAUGCUCACUCUCACACAGGAAGGGCAUCAUGCUCACUCUCACACAGGAAGGGCAUCAUGCUCACUAUCACACAGAGGAGGGCAUCAUGCUCACUCUCACACAGGAAGGGCAUCAUGCUUACUCUCACACACGAAAGGAAUCAUGCUCACUCUCACACAGGAAGGGCAUCAGACUCACUCUCACACAGGAAGGGAAUCAGGCUCACUCUCACACAGGAAGGGCAUCAGGCUCACUCUCACACAGGAAGGGCAUCAUGCUCACUCUCACACAGGAAGGGCAUCAGGCUCACUCUCACACAGGAAGGACAUCAGGCUCACUCUACACAGGAAGGGCAUCAGGCUCACUCUCGCACAGGAAGGGCAUCAUGCUCACUCUCACACAGGAAGGGCAUCAGGCUCAGUCUCACACAGGAAGGGCAUCAGGCUCACUCUCACACAGGAAGGGCAUCAUGCUCACUCUCACACAGGAAGGGCAUCAUGCUCACUCCCACAUAGAAAGGGCAUCAUGCUCACACCCACAGAGGAAGCGCAUCAUGCUCACUCUCACAGAGGAAGGGAAGGGCAUCAUGCUCACUCUCGCACAGGAAGGGCAUCAUGCUCCUUCUCACAGGGGAGGGCAUCAGCCUCACUCCCACAGAGGAAGGGCAUCAUGCUCACUCUCACACAGGAAGGGCAUCAUGAUCACUCUCACACAGGAAGGGCAUCAGGCUCACUCUCACACAAGAAGGGCAUCAGGCUCACUCUCACACAGGAAGAGCAUCAGGCUCACCCUCACACAGGAAGGGCAUCAGGCUCACUCUCACACAGGAAGGGCAUCAGGCUCACUCUCACACAGUAAAGGUAUCAGGCUCACUCUCACACAAAAAUGGCAUCAGGCUCAAUCUCACACACGAAGGGCAUCAUGCUCACUCCCACACAGGAAGGGCAUCAUGCUCACUCUCACACAGGAAGGGCAUCACACUCACUCUCACACAAGAAGGGCAUCAUGCUCAUUCCCACAGAGGAAGGGCAUCAUGCUCACUCUCACACAGGAAGGGCAUCAGGGUCACUCUCACACAGGAAGGGCAUCAUGCUCACUCUUACACAGGAAGGGCAUCAUGCUCACUCUCACACAGGAAGGGCAUCAUGCUCACUCCCACAGAGGAAGGGCAUCAUGCUUACUCUCACACAGAAAGGGCAUCAUGCUCACUCCCACAGAGGAAGGGCAUCAGGCUCACUCUCACACAGGAAGGGCAUCAGGCUCACUCUCACACAGGAAGGGCAUCAUGCUCACUCUCACACAGGAAGGGCAUCAGGCUCAGUCUCACACAGGAAGGGCAUCAUGCUCACUCUCACACAAGAAGGGCAUCAUGCUCACUCUCGCACAGGAAGGGCAUCAGGUUCACUCACACAGGAAGGGCAUCAUGCUCACUCCCACAGAGGAAGGGCAUCAUGCUCACUUUCACACAGGAAAGGCAUCAUGCUCACUCUCACACAGGAAGAGCAUCAUGCUCACUCCCACAGAGGAAGGGCACCAUGCUCACUCUCACAGAGGUGAUUACUGA